AUGAAUAGAAGAAGAGGACACGACGAAGAAGAUGGAUAUGAUCGGGUUCAUCGUAAAAGGCGUCGAGUAUCAGAAAAUCAGGAAAUUGAAGACAGAUUAGAAUCACUUAUAUUGAGAGUUGGCGAAAAAAGUAGUUCAAGUUUGGAGAGUAAUCUUGAAGGCUUAGCUAGCGUUUUAGAAGCGGAUUUAAGCACUUUCCGUGUAAAGAUUUUACGUAUUCUUACCGAAUGUGCCAUACGAAUGCCUGAGAAAUGUACUAUUUAUGCUACGUUGGUUGGUCUACUCAAUGCAAAAAAUUAUAAUUUCGGCGGAGAAUUUGUGGAUUAUAUUGUAAAGACAUUUAAAGAAAAUUUAAAAACAGGAAAAUGGAAUGCGGCUAGGUAUUGUCUACGUUUUAUUUCAGAUCUUGUCAAUUGCCAUGUUUUAGCUGCAUCGUCUUUAUUGACACUCUUAGAAACUUUAGUAGACUGUGCUAAUGAAGAUGGAGUACCACAAGUUAGAAGAGAUUGGUUCGUAUUUGCUGUUCUCUCAACUUUGCCGUGGGUUGGGAGAGAAUUAUAUGAGAAGAAAGAAUCUCAACUCGAUCAUUUAUUAGUAACAAUAGAAGUGUUUCUAAAUAAAAGGAGUAAAAAGCAUUGGCCAGCAUUAAAAGUGUGGUCAGCAGACUCACCUCACCUUCAAGAAGAAUAUUUGGAUUGUCUGUGGGCACAAAUUAAAAAGUUGAGACAAGACAACUGGUCAGAAAAGCAUAUCCCAAGACCUUAUCUUGCUUUUGAUUCUAUUCUUUGUGAGGCCUUACAACAUACUCUUCCAAGUAUACAGCCUCCACCACACAAUGAUGGUGAUACAUACCCAAUGCCAAGAGUUAUAUUUCGCAUGUUUGACUACACGGACUGUCCAGAUGGUCCAGUUUUACCAGGAGCACAUUCCAUUGAGAGAUUUCUAAUUGAAGAACAUCUUCACAAUAUUUUAGAGGCGUAUCACUUGGAACGCAAGGAAUGUGCUGCCCAACUUCUGUGCUUUCCAUAUAAAGCCAAAAUUCCACUUGAAUAUUGCAUUGUUGAAGUGAUUUUUGCAGAGUUAUUCAAUCUGCCUGUACCAAGAUAUUUGGAGAUUUGCUAUGGUUCAAUUCUUAUUGAACUUUGUAAGCUUCAGCCUUCUACUAUGCCCCAAGUCCUAGCCCAAGCUACAGAAAUUCUUUUUAUGAGAAUUGACACAAUGAAUGUGGCUUGUUUUGACAGGUUUGUCAAUUGGUUUGCAUAUCACUUAAGCAACUUCCAAUAUCGUUGGUCAUGGGAGGAUUGGGAAGGAUGUAUUCAACUUGAUCCAGAACAUCCUAAGCCUCGGUUUAUAAGAGAAGUCUUAGGAAAGUGUCUCAGGUUGUCAUAUCAUCAAAGAGUGAAGGACAUGAUACCAGAGACGUUAGCUCCCUUGGUGCCGCUUAAACCAGAACCAAUAUACAAGUAUUCAAUGGAAGGAGCAGCGUCGCUGCCGGGCACAGAGGCGGCGCACCGGCUGGUGGUGUGCGUGCGCAACAAGUGCUCGGCGGAGGAGGCGCUGAACGUGGUGCGCGAGCUGCCCAACCCGCUGCGCGACGGCGAGCCGGCCGCCGCGCACGCCGCGCACUACAACCCGCUCAAGAUCGACGUGUUCGUGCAGACGCUGCUCAACCUCGGCAGCAAGAGCAUCUCGCACAGCUUCGCCGCCAUCUCCAAGUUCCACUACGUCUUCAAGAUUUUGGCAGAAUCGGAGGAAGCUCAAAUUUGUGUAUUGCGUAACGUGUGGGAGUUGUGGCAGCGACAUCCUCAAAUGGUGUGCGUGUUAGUGGACAAAAUGCUCAAGACCCAAGUGGUCGAGUGCAGCGCUGUAGCUACUUGGCUUUUCUCCAAAGACAUGGCGCCAUUUUUCACACACAACUAUCUGUGGGAGAUACUGCAUUUGACUAUCGAUAAAAUGAAUAAACAUGUCUCUAAACUGAGUGCGGAACUACAAGAAGCUAGAGAGGCUUUAGCAAGAGCCGACUCGAGCAGUUCCGAUUCGGAAGAUGAAAGUGGAAGUAAGAAGAAGAAAGAUCAAGACAAACCGACUGAAGAGGCGGUAGAGCGCAUGGAGGAGCGACUUGAGAUGGCGCACACGGACCAGAAGCGGCUGUUCCUGAUCGUAUUCCAGCGCUUCAUCAUGAUCCUGUCCGAGCACUUGGUGCGCUGCGACACCGACGCACGCGACCCCGACACGCACUGGUACCGCAGCACCGUGGCCCGCCUGCGCCAGGUGUUCCUAGUGCAUCACGAACAAGUGCAGAAGUAUAGCAGCACACUUGAAACGCUUCUCUUCACUCAAGAUUUGGAUCCUCACAUCUUGGACGUAUUCCACCAGUUCGUCGCACUCACCGCGUAG